UCACUUCAUCUUUCAGGCACCUUUAAGGAAGAGACUGGAUCUGUCUGCAUGGAAUCAAAGAAGCUAGAGAGGCUCGAGAGAUUUAAUCAGCUGUCUCCCUCGAGAGGUUCUAGGAGAGAUCUUGUCCUUACUUCCGACCAAACUUGCUGCUUCAACCUCUCUUCUCUCGAAAAAGUGGAGGUACUGUUUGCACUGGUUCACAGUCUUGAUUUCGAUGAUACUGUCUUGCUGCAACCGCCGCCAGAAGAAGGGAGGGAAGAACUCAAGGAGAGCUUCAGAAACUUUGUGGACAGAAGACUCGCUUUGCAAUGCGGUUGUGGUUCUCGUAUCAAGAAAUUCUCUCUAACAUAUCUCGUUACCAACAGCAGCGAUGUGGUUGAUGAGCGUCGCUGGAUAAGCAGUGUCGUUGAGCGUGGUGUUUUGGAAGUGGACGUUACUUUGAGGCCUCGUUGGCUAGGCCCUGUACAUACUGAUGAGGUUCACGGGAACUGCUUUCUUCCUUAUCACCUCUUCAGGAGCAAGACACUGGUUAAGCUGCGUCUGGGAACAGAUACUAAUGUUGGAAAGCUUCCUCCUGAUGUGUUUCUUCCAGCGCUUAAGAGUCUCUUCCUCGAUACCAUCAUGUUUGACGACCAAGAUCUCUCUGAUGUGCUUCUUCCUGGUUGCCCAAUGCUUGAGGAGUUAACUGUUGUUCACAAGACUGAUUUUUAUCCUAAUUACAGGAUAUCGAGUCAGACAAUCAAGAAGCUAACAGUUUUCUAUUGUUAUGAUUUUGGAAUUGAUGAUGGGUCUCGUAUAUCAUUUGACGCCCCAAGUGUUGUCUCUCUCAACUACACUGACUAUGCCUUGUAUGAGUAUCCACUUGUUAACUUGGGAUCCUUAGUCAAAGCUAAGCUGGACAUUUCUUAUUCUAAAACAAAUAUCAAGAGGCCGGAUUUAUCGGGUCUCCUUGUAGGGAUAAGCGACGUGGAGACUCUCCAUCUUUCUCCCGAUUCUACUGAUUUGAUUUCUCGAUGUGUUAAACAUGGACUAGUUUUACCGGUGUUUAACAAUCUGGUUACCUUAUCUUUUGGGAGUAAAAACAAACGUGGUUGGAAACUGCUGCCAUAUCUGCUUAAGCACUCUCCAAAGCUUGAAACAUUAAUCAUCCAGGGUCUGGAUAGUUACACAGGCGAUGUUACCAUUGGUCUGUUCCAAGUCAAGGAGCUGCAUGUUGUUGGUUAUAAAGGAACUGCUAAGGAGCUUCAACACCUGAAGAGUUUGCUUGCAGGAACCGAAUGCAUCCCGAAAAUGCAAGUGGAGUUCCCUGAAGAUGUUGUGGUCGAUGAUGCCAAAAUGAUCCAAACCCGUAGGGAUUUAUUUAUCCUUGUCGGAGUUGUUUCAACCGAUGUCGCUUAUUUCGAGUAGACCUUUGUGUACCAUUAAACCACAUUAUUUAUUGGGAAAAUUGCCA